AAGCUUUUUAGUUGCCUUCCUGCCUCAACCGCAGCGAGUGCAGUGUUUUUGCUUCAUCUGUAGCACAGUGUCUGCGUGUUUGCUCGCCGAUUUCGCCUGCAGAUCCGCGUCCGACAAAAUGCACCGAGCCGACUGAGAGCUCAACUCAACUCCGCACCGCACUGCCGGCCCUUCCCUCGUCUAAUCCGACAACAGGCGAGCCUCAGCAGCACCUCUCCGAAGUACAGUGACAAUAAUAACAACAACUCUCGACACGUUAUGCGACUCUGAGUGGUGCAAACUCGCGCCGAAAGUGCCUGUGCGAACCGAGUUGUUUAUUCGAACCGAAAACCGUGAGCAUGGAUAUGUCCACCGUCGACCCGCAGGGUCCGCAAGCCCACGUGCCGCACCGCUGGUACGAAGCCCCUCGCAUGUCUUCGGGCAUGGAGGGCGCCGGCAACAUUAUGCCCCCCGAGGAGAUGGACGUGUUUUUCCCUUCGUUGGACUCUGGCUCGAAUAGGGCCCGUUCCUACUACCAGGCGGCCGCCGCCCAAAUGCACUCGCCCUACGGCUCAGCAGCAUCCCACGCAGCGAGAAUGUCGAGUAGCCAGGUGUGCCGGCCGCACUUCCACACGCCCCUGCAUCCGUGGAUGUCGGACACAAGCAAGCCGAUGGUGCCGCACCCCUCUCACGGUUCUGCGUGGUGCUCCCCCUUCGGCGCGUCGGCCAAAAACCCAGCGUCAACCCCCCACCCCUCGCCGCCAAACAACAACAACAACAACCAGUCGCAGCCGUCGCUGCCUCCCCCACUCCCGCCUCAUUCGGCCGCGUCAGGGGGAGUCCACUCGAGUCCCCACCACCACCUGUUUUCCUUCCCGCCGACGCCGCCCAAGGACGCAACGCCCGACUCGGUGACGCCGCGCAGCUCGGCCGCCGAGGUGGCGGCCGCGGCCGUUGAGUCGUACCAGCAGGCGGUCAACAAUGUAGUGGCCGCGGCGGCCAUGCAGGCGGCCUCUGCCUCCUCAGCGUCGUCAACAAGCUCGACGUCGUCCUCGACGCCGGCCAACAACAUGGAGUGCGUCGACAUCAAGCCCUCGGCCAUGAUCACCAGUCUGGGCAACUGCUCGAGCGGAAAACCGCGCGAAGGUAGCGACGCCCGCUUUUCGGCGGCCACCGCCAACACCACCAACACCGCCCCCAGCUCGUCUAGUUCAACGUCCUCCUCGCCCCCGCAUCACCCCCACGCCCACUACCCGCCGUCGUCUCACCACCAGAACAUGCACUAUCCCUACCACCACGGCGCUAGUCCCUCGGGCGAAAUGAGCCCAGGCUCGGGCUACGGGUUCCACCACCCCUCCGCCCACCACCACCAUCACCACGCGGCUGCCGCGGCCGCGGCAGUGUUCGGGACCAACAAGUCCCUGCACCCUGCCAAGCCGAGGACAAAGUCCAGGUCCAGCGCCGAGGGGCGAGAAUGUGUCAAUUGUGGCGCAACCUCGACACCCCUGUGGCGCAGGGACGGCACCGGACACUACCUUUGCAACGCAUGUGGCCUCUACUACAAAAUGAACGGCCAGAAUCGACCACUCAUCAAACCCAAACGAAGACUUUGCUUGCAGAGUGCUGCCAGGCGGGCUGGCACCUCGUGUGCCAAUUGCAAAACCACCAUGACCACCCUUUGGAGGCGCAACCAGAAUGGAGAGCCUGUCUGCAACGCUUGUGGACUCUACUACAAACUUCACAAUGUGAAUCGGCCGUUGACAAUGAAGAAGGAGGGCAUCCAGACGCGGAACCGCAAGUUGAGUUCCAAGUCGAAGAAGAAGAAGGGCAACGGCAUGGGCGGCCCCGGCGUCAUGGGGCCCGGCCUCGGACUGCCGGACAUGAUGAAGCCCCUGGACAAGUCGGGCUUCCCCGGCUUCGGCGGCGCCGGCAACCACCUGGGGCCCUCCAUGUCGCACUACAUGUACAACACCAACAUGCACGCGGGGUCGAUGCACCACGCGGGGUCGUUCGCGCCCCCUCCCCACCACGCGUCCAUGCACAUGUCCGGCAUGGGCGGACUCGGCCUGGCCACGUCGUCGCCGCUGUCCCUGGGCUCCAGCGGACUCGGCCUCGCCUCGUCCAACGGCAUGGUCAGCCUUCCCUACUCAGGACACUCGGUCUUUUCAUAAAGCCAGCAAACGACGGUGCUGCCACCACACACGGGAACAAGUACAAAUAAUUCUGCGGCGGACUCGAGCCUCUUUUGCGGAGGCGGUUGGUGGGAUUGUGCCGAGUGUCCGGGACUAAGCCAGCCGCCAUCUUGUCCUUUCUACUGACACUCAAAAGUUGUACAUUUCCAGAUUUGAGAUUGUUGAAUCAAAGUUUGGAACUUUGUGCACCGAAGAAGGACAAGGUGGUUGACACCGUUUUGUUGUGAUCCCCUCUCUCAUCUCUCAGUUGUAAAAUGUGUAUAAAAUGCUCUUGAAAAAUGCGUGUGCAGGUUAAAUUCGAGUGCUGUAUAAUUUAUUGCCGGCGUCUUUAAAUCACGUGUGAAGUGUAAAUAAACGAGACGAGUAUUAAUGUAGAAAAUUUAAAAACCUCUGUAUCGCGCGCCAGCACUUUUAUCAGAAAGAAAGCUCUGCAAAUGAAAGUAUUUAACGUGUGUGCGAGAUGGACAAUGCGUUUUUAAGAAAAAAUAAAACCUUAUGAAAAUCAGCAGGCUACCACUAUGUACUCGAAAAAAUUCAUAUGUGUAAUAAUUAUGUAUCUAAAAGUAGAGAACGAAGAAAGUAAGAAAGAACGAGCGUUGUAAAAAUUGGGAAAAUACACAAAAAUAUGCAAAUAAUUCAUUAAAUAAAACUCUAAGGCAAAUCGGCUCUCUUACAAAGAAGCCUUGUUCUAUUUACGAUAUUGAAGCGAAACUGAAUGUGUAAUUAAUUGAGCAGAAAAAAAGAGAGAAAAUUAACUUAUGGAUAAGUAAGAGAGAUUAUGUAUCGUGUAUUUAAAGAGAGAACGAAGUGAAUUCGAUUUACUUAGUGAUUUUUCCUUUGUCACAACAACAAGAACCAUCAUCUUCUGCAACCCACACAACACAAUUCUUAUAAAAUGCCUACCUAAUUAUUAAAAUAUUAUAAUUCCUCUCUCUCAAUAAGAAGAGUAACAAUUCUGCUGCGAUCAGUACACCAAAUGAAUAUUUAAUUUGUUUGUUAUAAAUAAUUAAGCAUCGCCACAAUGAAUGAGAUGGACGUUUUUGUUUCCUACUUAUAAUCUAAAUAAUGCAUAAAAGAUGAGAGCAGAUUGUAUUUAUAAAAGAGAAAAAUUAAGAAAUCGCAUCUCCUCACACUUAUGGAUAUAUUCAAAUGUUGUGUACAAUUAAGACAAACAAAACUGCGUUUAUUGUCGCCUCUGGAUGAUCUUUUGUAUUCUGUGUACACAAACUCACACACAACACACACACUCUUAAUAACGACGAAUUAUUAUUGUGACAGAGGAGAGAGAAAUAAUUAAAUGAUGAUGAGUAUUAAAAAAUCAAUGA